AUGCAGUCCUAUUAUGCUAUGUACACCAUCAAAUUCAAUUCCUCUUGUGUUCGCCUUAGCGAAGCAGAUUUUAAGGUUUUACCUAGAGAUGAGCUCAUCCUAAGGUGGAAACAGUAUGAAGCAUACGUGCAAGCUCUGGAGGGCAAGUACACAGACCUUAAUUGUAAGUUAGCCAAGUUUCAAAGUGGUAUGAGUUACCUGAAUGUUAGUAUAAAGCAGAGUGUUCAACAACAGCAAGAGUCUGCCCGAAGAGAAAAUAUUCUGGUGAUGAGGCUGGCAACUAAGGAACAGGAGAUGCAAGAGUGUACUAAUCAGAUUCAGUACCUCAAGCAAGUCCAGCAGCCUAGUGUUGCCCAACUGCGAUCAACAAUGGUGGACCCAGCCAUCAACUUGUUUUUCCUAAAAAUGAAAGGUGAACUGGAACAGACUAAAGACAAACUGGAACAAGCCCAAAAUGAACUGAGUGCCUGGAAAUUUACGCCUGAUAGCCAAACAGGCAAAAAGUUAAUGGCGAAGUGUCGAAUGCUUAUCCAGGAGAAUCAAGAGCUUGGAAGGCAGCUAUCCCAAGGACGUAUUGCACAGCUUGAGGCAGAGUUGGCUUUACAGAAGAAAUAUAGUGAGGAACUUAAAAGCAGUCAGGAUGAACUGAAUGACUUCAUCAUCCAACUUGAUGAGGAGGUAGAGGGUAUGCAGAGUACCAUUCUAGUUCUUCAGCAGCAAUUGAAGGAGACUCGCCAGCAGUUGGCGCAGUACCAGCAGCAGCAGUCCCAGGCCUCCAACCCAGGCACCAGCAGGACUCCAUCUUCUGAGCCUACAGACCAGGGAGAGGCUGUGGGCAAAGACUGCAGCCGUCUGGCAAACGGACCAAGCAACGGCAGCUCCUCCCAUCAGCGGACGUCUGGGCCUGGAUUUUAUAGGGAGGGUAGCGGCACGGAAGAUGACUUCCCAGCUUCUCCAGGGGAUGGCAAUAAGCUGUCCAACCACUCUGAAGAUAGAACUGGUAGAGGAGGUGGUAGCUACAUAAACCAACUCAGUACUGGGUAUGAAAGCGUAGACUCUCCCACUGGCAGUGAAAACUCUCUCACUCACCACUCAAAUGAUACAGACUCCAAUCAUGAUCCUCAAGAGGAGAAAACAGUGAGCAUGAAAGGUAACAGAACUGUGGGUUCCCGUCAUGUCCAGAAUGGUUUGGACUCCAGUGUAAAUGUGCAGGGUUCAGUUUUGUAACAUUUUUCUGCAGCAUUUUUAUACAGUGUCAUUUAAAUUGGGAGAGGAUACUGUCCAGAAGCCGUUUAAAUUAGUGCAUACUUGUCACAAUUUUGCCUUUUUGUGGGUUUCUUUUUGCUUCAAUACCUCUGCCACUUCGGAAAUUUUAACAGUUAAUUACGUUGAAUGUUGCUAAAAGGACGUUUGUGUAGCUCAAGUUAUUUUUAUAUGAGUUAAUGUGAAGUUGAAAUGGAAAUGAUUUCCAUAAAGUAUAACAUAAAUGAUGUCUGUACAAAUCUGUGUAUAUCUAGAACCUGUGCUGUGUAAGGGCAUUCUUACUCAUACUGUUAUACUUACACCACCUUCAAGAUUUGUCAUAAUAGCUGUGGGUUUAUGAUUGCCAAGUUUGCCCAGUACAGUAGUUUUAUCACUAAAAGAUGGACUCACUGAAGGAGUCCUGUAGUAGUUUCAGUGUUAAUUACAGUUUUUCCCACCAUACAUCUGUGCAUUUUCUCCUUAGGUGACCGAAUGUUUAUGAAUUGUGUGCAUAGUUACUCAGUUUUUAAGAACUGUUGUAUCCUGUUUAUGCAUAUUGCUCUGUGACUCCAAUAUUAUCUUACCUGUACUGACCAAACCUAAAUAAAAAACUUUUAAUAAUGUAAUUUCCUCAUUGUUCUGCAUUGGCUUACAUGGCUUAUCUGUAUGCAGUGUAUUUAUAGUACUUGCUUUUUUUUAGUUGAAUUUGUUCCUGUGUCAAUCAUAUCUGAUACAGCUUAUGCCAAAUUCCUGAUGUUACCGUACUCAUUUCAGGCCAGCCUGUCCUGUGCUUGUUCCACAGGUUUUGUCCUUAUUGGCAGGUGGGGGCGGGAAGUAGUUGUUAAAAGUAAGCCUUAGAGUUGGAACCUGGCUUUUGUAAAGAUUAAAAAAAAAAAAAAUCCACCAGGUAAAUGAACAAAUUAAACUACAAAACUUUAAGGAGUUAGUAAUUCAGCCUCUUAACCCAAAUAUAACUCCUCUUGUUUCUGAAUGCCUGCCUGAGGGAACUAACUUCUUAACAGGUGCAGGGAAUGAAAAAACUACCUUUAACCAUGCUUCUACUGUUCAGUAGCAAUGAGUUAGGAAUUUCUUGGAACCUGAAUUUCUGUUGGCUAUUUUUCUGUGUAUUAGUUUAGUGAUGGUAGCACGUAAGCAAGGAGAUGAAAAAGCACUGGCUUUUCAGCACUGUUGAAAGGGAAAACUAAGGUGCUUAGUACUUACUUUUGGAUUGACUUAAAUCCAGUUUCAACACUUUUCAACCUGUGAAUUUUGUAAUUGCCAGAUGACUAAUUAUCUCAAUAUGUAGCCACUGAAACAAUAGUAAAUAGCUUAUAGCUUUGCAAUUCACUGUGGAAACAGUGAGACUCUUGUUUGAAAGCAGUUAUUUCUCCAAAGUUCUAGGACUUAAUAGAAUUUGUUUCAAAUUUACACAGUUAUAAAUUCCUAGUAAUCUAGAAGGGUUUCUGUGGUGCUAUUUUUAAGUGGCAUAUUAUAUGAGAAUUAACAUCUGCAGUAGUAUUGUCCAAGACAAAUGGAUGUAAUUAAAAUAGUACUAGCUGCUGUCAUCUGUGUUGGAGACGCUAGUCCAUGUGCCACUGCUACUUCAAUUUCAUAGGGUUCACUUAAAUGUGUUAAAACUAGUUAGUAGUUGUCACUGGAAGUGUGAAUUCUGUUGGUGAUACCUUGUUGUUUUUUGAAUGUUACUUUAGCUGUCAUUGCCUGGAAACUAGCAGUUAUUAGUUGAAUGCAUGAAAGGGACCUGACAAGUACCUAUACAAAGAAGUACCAGCAUCUGGCAUCCAAAGUAAUUUCUAGCUUACAAAAAUCCCUGAUGGUGAUCUAGACCUGUAGUUGCUGGUGAUACUAUAUUUAGUUUUAGUAAUGUACUGCUCGAUUAUCUAUAGUGUGUGUAUAUGUAUAUCCUGGAUCCUGUACAUGGUAGAAUACAGUAUUUACAAGAACCUUAAAAUGCCAAUAAUAGAUUAUAACAGUGGCUUCAUAUGAUGGUAUAGAUGGUAAAAAGCCUUGUGGGGGACAUCUGUGGUUGUUGGUUCAAAUCUCAGUCUGAAAUAUGAAAGCAACUCAUGCCAAGAAAAUGGUAGACAUUUUCAUUUAAUACAAGGGAUUGGAAGGAUGUAAAAUAUCUUUGGAGUUACAGUAAUUGUGGUUAACUGUGCUAAAGUUAAAAAAAUAAAAUGCAUAGCUUUCAGGCGGUGA